AUGCUAGUAUUGAAGAUCCCCUACCACCAAAUGGCUCAUGUCCUCCUUUUCAUCCUCUUAUUCUCUUCCAUUUUAUCCACAAAUCAUGCAUGCAAUCAAUCUCAAAGCAGCUCUCUUUUGUCUUUUGCCCUCUCACUGUCUUCUCCUUCUUCGAACUGGACUUCCAUUGAUUGUUGCCAUUGGGAGGGCAUCACCUGUGAUCACGACGGUUGGGUCACACAUUUGGACUUACCCUCCAGAUCAGGGCUCAAUCUCAAAGGAGGUGUUUUUCCCUCAAUUGAAAAUCUCACUCAUCUCACCUACUUGAAUCUCUCUCACAAUUCACUCUAUGGUUCACUUGAAUCUGGUUUCUUCUUAUCCUUGAAUCGUCUUGAGAUCCUUGACUUGAGUUCUAACUUUUUUUUCGGAGAGCUACCGUCUUUUAUACCAUCCAACACUCGCAUGGUGGACUUGUCCAACAAUCACUUCCAUGGUGCAAUUCCAUCUUCAUUCUUCCGACGAGCUAGGAAUUUGACUAGUUUUAGUGUCAGGAACAACACCUUCUCAGGUUCUAUCCCAUCCUCUAUUUGUCUUCAUUCUUCUCCCCUGAUCAGGCUGUUGGAUUUUUCCUUCAAUGAAUUCAGCAGCAAUAUUCCUGCUGGACUAGGGAAGUGUGCCAAACUGCAAGUUUUUCGUGCUGGUUACAAUAGCCUCUCAGGAUCACUUCCAGAAGAUAUCUAUAAUGCUACCACACUUGAAGAAAUAACAUUACCUAGUAAUGCGAUUCGUGGAGACAUUAAGGAGGAAAUUGUCAACCUCACCAACCUUACAAUCCUUGAUCUCUAUCUCAAUGAAUUCAGUGGCAUGCUCCCGAUGAAUAUUGGGAAGCUCUCCAAAUUGAAAUUCAUGCUUCUUCAUUCAAACAAUCUAAAAGGUUCUCUGCCCCCUUCUUUGGUGAAUUGCACAAACCUUGAACAAUUGAACCUCGGAUCAAACAAUUUAGAAGGAAACCUCUCCAUGCUUGAUUUCUCCAAACUCAGUCGCCUUAGUAAACUUGACGUUGUGAGUAAUCACUUCGCCGGUGUCUUCCCAACUAGCCUUUACUCAUGCAAGUCCCUGAAAGCACUUCGAUUGAGCUUAAAUGACUUAGAUGGACGAAUAGAGCCUGAGAUUCUUUCAUUGAAAUCCCUGUCCUUCCUCUCGCUUUCUGGGAGCAGAUUGUCCAAUAUCACAGGGGCAAUGAAUAUAUUGAUGCGCUGCAAAAGUCUCAAAGUGCUUAUACUUUCAAACAAUUUUGUAGGUGAAGAAAUGCCAAAUGGUGAUGGCAUGGUUGAUGUUGAUGGAUUCCAAAAUCUUGGUAUUUUGUCUUUUCGUGGUUGUGAGCUCACUGGUUCAUUACCUGUAUGGUUAUCCAAACUAAAGAAGCUAGAGGUUUUGGAUAUGUCCUUUAACAGAAUCACAGGCUCAGUUCCGAGUUGGUUGGGGACUUCUCCAAGCCUUUUUCACAUAAACUUGGGCAACAACCGAAUUUCAGGUGAACUUCCAAAGCAAUUCUGCGAAUUACCAAUGUUGGUAUCUGAACAAACUGCAGCUCAAGUAGAGCAUACGUAUCUUGAACUACCUUUCUUCGUCAAACCUGCGGGUGAUGCAUACAUUUUGCAGUACAGUUCUCUCUCUUUCUUUCCACCAGCAAUAUACCUAUACAAUAAUAGCAUCAAUGGGAGUAUACCAACCGAGAUCAGCCAAUUGAUCCUUCUUCGUACAUUAGAUCUUAGCCACAACAAUGUCGGUGGAAACAUUCCAGACGAAAUCUCCAGCCUGAAAAUGUUGGAGACGUUGGAUCUUUCAAUGAACCACUUGUCUGGAGAAAUCCCCGCAUCAUUGACAAGCCUUAAUUUCUUGUCCACAUUGAACGUAUCGUAUAAUGAUCUCGAAGGGCCAAUACCAAAAGGCACUCAGCUCCAAGGCUUUGAUGUCUCUGCAUUUGAGGGGAAUCCAAAACUUUGUGGUGCCCCUCUUUGGAAUGAUUGUCCACUAAUUAACGGUAACAGCCAAGAUGUGGAGACUGAGCAUCAAAUUCCAUGGUUUCGUAUUUCUGUUGUGCUUGGCUUCAUCGUAGGAUUUGGCGGAUUUUGUGGUCCUUUAAUGCUUAAGAAGACAUGGAGAGAUGCAUAUUUCCAAUUCCUAAACAAUGUACGUAGGAUCUAUGCGAUGAGAAAAGUGCGUGCAUGA